GCCGCUCUCGUGGUAUCUCGAUCUUGGUCGGCUGGGGGAAGUGGCCGGCCAGUGAGAAAUACCAUACAUCACACCCGGUCAGUUCGCAUUCCUUGUAGCUUUCGCCAGUGUCGGGUCGUCGGGCUCCUGAAUGUCGGCACUGACGUAGACGCCGAAGACAUACGGACCACUCCUGAUCACUAACACGAGGGGCUUUGUGUCGCCCACUCGGUCCAGCAGGUCGCCAUACGUGGUGCCGUGCAUAGACGUCCUACACACACACACACACACACACACACGUACACACAUAGACGAAAUCUGUCCAUUGCCUGUCUGUUGGCAUGAUGUGUCUCUACCGGUAGAGUGAGGUAAGUGGUGUGGUGUCAUUGCCCCCCAGCAGGGCAAGCAGCGCCUCAUACUCUGACGCAGACAGCGACGUGUUGUCAGGAGGGGACACCUGCAGGCCGCGCAAACGGACCUGAACACACGAAUCGGCCAUUCACACCGAACCAUCGAGUGAGUGGAUGGGUCGUGGGGUGUGUGUGUGUAUGCUCACCUGUUGUGUGGGUCUUGCCUCCGUGGCGACAGUGGUCGACGCCACACACAGAAUCACCAUCAUGAGAACAGUCGCCAUCGCGUGAGGGGGAAAGGACGAGAGAUGAGGACGGAGAGCCUUGUUUGUUGGGGUGAGUCAGGCCGAUUGCCAGCCGAUGAGGUGAGAGGGGGACGAGGGAGCUGACACCAGGAUUCGGUGGGGAAGAAAGGGGAGAUCUUACUGUCGGCUUGAUAGAUCUCCCUGUCGAAGAAACGCGAGUUUCGCUCAGAGAUAAAGGAAAGAUAAAGGAACAUGCAGGAGUCCAAAGCCCAAAACCUGGGGUCUGUG